UUGGUGGCGCACGAGGACGGCCUUCAAAGGGCACUCGCUCUCCUUCACUGGCAGCACACAGGACUGACCUGCACAGGCAAACCAAGCACUAGUCAGAACACACUGCUGAACAGUGUUCCAGUUGUCUGGCUGUCAGCGUUACCUUCCAAUGGACGAUUUUGAGUACAGUGUGCAGAUCUCAGAAAAAGACUGGGACUCAUUCUUCCGGGAAUGUGAGGAGUGUAACCUGCUGCCCCCUGUGUUAGCUGGCAUGGAGGACUCAGGAAUGAGUGACAUGGAUGACAUUGCAAACCGUAAAGCAUGGAUGAAGCCAGAGAGCAGAGUGUCUGACCCUGAGCUUCCUACCCACAGUCCUGAUGAAGAGGAGUCCCCUAUGGAUCUUUACCUGAGCAGAUAUGGAAUGAGCAGCCCGUUGCAAGUUCUCUCCGGCAGUGAAGAAGACACACAAAUGGAGACUGUCAAUGUGUUCUUUGAGAGGUUGAAAAGUGUAUCAGCUAGCGAAGAUUCUUCGAGGCAAAGGCAUUCUUCAAAUGUGGGAAGAGAAAUGACUGGCGAUCUGAAGGGAUUUGCAGAAAUGCCUGUAGUAAGUCAAGCCUUGGAGAAAAAUAAAUCCAUGCAGAAGGAGAGCUACUAUUCCCACGGCUUUACCAAGUCUACAGCUAAUGAAUUAGCAGUAGGCGCACACGUAUUUACUUGUCCUGACACAGACAAGAUGGUUAUCAAGGAAAAACAUGGCUCAGCAGAUGUUUCCCAGGAGACGAGGCUCAAAUCAAGCCUUGGAAAGGUCCUAUGUAGUGCUCUGGCUAAUGGUAAAGAUCUAAUAAGUCAGAAUCAGGAGGAAGCUAAAAAGGAUGCAAACUCUCAGCUAUUGAUAAUAAGUGAUUCAGACUCUAAAGAAUUGCUGGUUUGCCAAGGUCAGGCUUCCUCCAUUACACCAAGACGAAGGAGAAAGAAGAAGAAGAGAAUGUGCCUUGAAUCUAUAGAACCAGACCAUGGACAUGUUGUCCAAUACCAUUACAAACAGAGUGAAUCUGAUGAUGACGUAUUUGUACGACGAAAGGAAUUGGACACAGAGGUAUGUCUACUUGGAGACUGUAGCACAGGGCCUGGAGCUAAGAUAGACAACAUUUUAGAGAGCUUCCCCAUCCCUCAACAAUCACUUUCUGGGAAUGUUAUGGAGCCUACUGUGGUAUGUCCUAAUUCACCAACAACCAACUCUCCAAGCACACUAACAGCUGCACAAAACAAAAUAAGACUAGACUUCAUGCAUGAGAUGAGUGAACUCACUGGGAAACAAGCAUCAGCUGGGCAAUUGGCCAAACCAGUAAAUCUCAUGGCUAUUGAAACUGGUGUGCCUGUUAAAAAGGCAGAACCCCUAAUGCUUCCAAGUGAUGAUAGCACAUCAGCACCCACUAAUGGAGAUAAUGUGAGAAGUCAUUCACAGCUGAACAGUAAUUUGCCUUCAGAAAUUAAAGCUGCCUUAAAGACAUCUGAAGACUUGCCAGCAUCUUUUAGCACAAGUGAUCAAAUAAAGGCAAUAACAAUGGCUGCUGUAAAUCCUGAAAGCUCUGAAAAUCAUUUGGUACUCUAUAGUAAAGAGAUGAAUAAUGUAAAUGAAGACUGUAAAUCCUUAAUGCUGCAACACACUGGCAAUCCAGAAAUGAACAGGGAAGCAUUACUAGCACUUCUACCAUCAAAUCCUGCAGGCAUUUCACAGCCAACACUCAAGCUCAAAAGUUCUGACACUACAAGUCAAUUUGAACAUAAUUUGACCUUGUCAGAUUCUCAGUGUGAUAAGUCUGGUGCAGCAUUUCAGACGAAAACCUCAGCAUCAGAUACCAUUUCCUGUGUUACAUUUCCUGUAAUAACAGAGACGAUCUCAGAGACCCUCUCAGAAUUACACGACAAUGCUACAAUGAGGCAGAAUUUAACUUGUUUUUCUCAUGAAAGCUUUUCUUCAGAGCAUAAAAAUGUCCAUGAAAUUUUGCCAGGGAUUUGUGAUUCCGCAUUACCAAGACAGUCUGAUCCUCUCAAUGUAGAAAAAGCCAUAAUAAUUCCUAAAGAAAGCCCCAAGAGUGGAAAUGUUCAUGACAUACAAAUGAAAGCAAACCAACUGUAUCCUAGUUUGGAUACAGUCAAAGAUACUGGAACAAAACCAAAGGUUAAGAACAGCAGUAAACAUGCUGGCAUGGUCAAUGAGUCUGAGAAUGGCAGACAAUCCUUGCACUCAAAAAGUGAAGUCUGGAAAGAGGAGUUUUCCAAAUCCUUAAAAUUAAACGGGAUAACAGAUAUGCCUGGAUGUAAGAAAGGCGAUCAUUUAAGAGAAGUAGAAAUUUCCCUGCUGUCCCCUGCUGCUGAAAACAGAAAUGAAAAGACCAUGAAAUGUCAGCCUUUGGAGCAGAUUGCUGGCCUAGAGAGUCAACUUAAGGAGAAUUCACAAUCAACUACUAUUAUUGCCACUAGUGAUGAAGAGACAGGUGAAGCAAACUCUUUAUUGUCACCUUGUUCAAUAAUGGAAGGUAACACAUCUCUUAUUCCAGAGUCGACAGUGGAUGUCUUGUCCAAUAUUAAUACAAAUGAUCUUGAAGAGGACUGCGAAGUACACUAUAUACCACCUCAUCAUCCAUCCAAGGAUCUGGAGGCAUUACUUAAUGCAGCUAAGAAAGGUGUAACAUCUCAUACUGCAAAGUCAAUCGAUGGAGCAGAUCAAACCUUACUGAACAGUAUUUCCCCUAGGAAUGAGAAAGUGGCUCCUGUCAUUCCUCAUUGUUCACCACUUAGCCCAGCAAUGCUUGGCACGGCCUCUACUCUCCCUGAGUCAGUUGGUGGAAUAGAGCAAACCUCAUUGAAUAUUAAUAGCAAUUGUGAUGAAGUGAAAGGCAAUGUCCAUCAUGUGCCUCAUAAUGUUUCAUCCAGUCAUACUGAGGUGUCAUUUAGCACAGCAAAGAAAGGUAUGGGAUCUCUUAUUCCUGAGUCAGUCAAUGGAGCAGAGCAAACCUCAUUGACAAUUAUUACCACUAAUAAUGAAGAGAAAGAUAAAGUGCAACAUGCAACUCCUCAGUGUCCAUCCAAAGAUCCUGAUGUGUCAAUUAACCCAAUAAUGGAAGGUAGGGGAUCUUCUAUUCCUGUGGCAAUCAUUGAAGCAGAGCAAACCUCACUAAAAAUCAUUACCACUGGUGAUGAAGAGAAAGGCAAAUUGCAUCAUGUACCUCCUUCCUGUCCAUUAAAAGAUCCAGAGGUGUCACCUAUUGCCAUAAUUGAAAGUACAACAUCCCAAGUAUAUGAAUCAAUUGGUAAAGUACAGCAAACGUCUUUAAAUGGCAACAUCUCUGUAGAGGAAGAGAAAGGUAAAGUGCUUCAUGUAACCCCAGAUUUUACAUCCAGAGUUCCUGAGAUGUCCUGCAUUCCUAAGUCAAUCAGUGGAGAGGAGCACACCUCAAUAAAUGUUAUUGCCACUGGCAAAGAUGACAAAUGGAAAGUCCAUCAUGUACCUCCUCAUUAUCCAUCAAAAGAUACAGAAGUGUUACUUAGCCCAAUAAUGAAAAGCACUGCAUCUCCUUUUCCUGUGACAAACAGUGGAGCAGAGCAAACCACACUGAACAUUAGUACCACUGGUGAUGUAGAGGAAGUGCCUAAGGUACUGCUUCAUUGUCCAUCCAAAGAUCCUGGGGUCUCACUUCAAACAAUAAAAAACGCCACAGUACCUCCUAUAAGUGCAGCAGAGCAAAUCUCUCGUGAUCUUAUUACUAAGGAUUCUUUGAAAGAUUUAGACUCAUCACCUAGUGCACUAAUGGAAUGUCCAUCAUCCCCUAUUACUGACACAACUGAUAAAGGAGAGCACCUCUCAUCCCAUAUUUCUAUAACUGGUGAGGAAAAAUGUGGAACACAUGAUGUUUCCCAGCCUAGUUCAUCCAAAUAUCAUGAGUUGCAUCUUGGUGCAGUAAAACCAGAUAUGGAAUGUCCGGUUAAUGGAGCCAAAACUCCAGAAACUCUAGACAAUAACAAGGAACACUUGCAUUCACAAGAUGAAGAUUGUAGAGAACAGAUCUCUCCAUCCUUGAAGUCCGAAGACACAACUAGUUUACCUGUAAGUGUGAUAGGCAAAGAUGGGGAGAAAGUUGACUGUCUGUUCUCUGCUUCUCAAGACUGGAGAAUGGAGGAGCUGUCUCUCAAAAAGAUGACCAAGGCAGGUCAGCCUUUCAUAAAGAUUACCGGCCCAGAGAUUAAACUAGAGGAUACUGAGGGAAAUAAAUGUAUUUCAGGGGACGGCAAUGACCAUGACUUAUCAUCAAGUGCAAUAAUGAAGAGCAUGGAAUCUCUACCUCUACCUCAGGGAAUUGAAGAUGUAGAGUGCACCCCAACUGAUAGUAUCAUUGGUGUCAAAGAGAAACUUAAAGUGCCCUCUAUCCCACAACAGAGUAAACUUGAAGAACAUGAGUUGUUUCCAAGUGAAAUAAUCGAGGAUAUUCCAUCUCCUUUAGUUGCAACACCAUCCCCAACUUUUGACUUAGUGGAUGAAGCCAAAGUUAUGGAAACAUCCAGUGCCGAAAGUCAAUCCCCGCGUCCUGUAUAUGCUAUAUCUUCCUUCUGGAAUGAAAUGGAGAAGUUGACAAUCAACGACAUCCUGCGACUUCGCCUAGUUGGCCAAGCCCAGCACCCUAGUCUCCUGCUCCAGCCGGAAGACAGUGGUAUUGCGGAUGUUUCAGAUGCAGCAGAUUCAGGGUACUUCACACACUUGGAUGAUUCUAAACCAGACCGUUCCAGUGGAGAUAUGUCGUACAUAUCUGACUUUGACGAAGAGCUUGCACAACUCCAGACUCAAGAGGCAGCCAGGUUGGACGAGGGGUCACGAGACUCUCCAAACACAGGAAGUUACAUGUGGGAAAAUGACCUGAAUCCAACUGGAACUGGGACAGGAAUGGAGGAGAUGUUCAUGCUAAAUCCCGAAACAGCAAUUUCUUCACCUUUCUACAGAGAUAAUGCUCAGCAGUGCUUCAGAAAAAUGUGCAAGAACAUUAGUGUCCAGAACCUACAAGCUCUUGAAACUCAACCUUUGAGAAAGAUCCUGAGAAAUGCCUCUCUUAUUUCCCUUCACUCUGUUCACUCAACUCACUCCAUUCACUCAGAAGUUGAGGAUGACUACAUAGAUCCGUUUGAUCGUGUGGAGGCUUCCUCCCCAGUGUAUCUUUCUGAUGAGGAGGAGGAGAUGGAAAGCCCUGGCAUCACUUUCUCUGAGAUCAUCCAGUAUCUGUUUGGUGGGGACGAACCCGAACGCUGUACUUCUCCUGCCGAAAACAUAGCUGCUUCUUAUCUUGAUGGUACUGGAACCUCUGUUCCUGAAACCUAUGACCACUUUUUCUCAGAGUUUGAGGUAGGAAGUAUCUUCAACCCACUUGCGGAUGACACCAGCAGCAGCAGUAAUACUGAACUGGUGCCUAUUUUCUCCUGCACUCGCUCGGCAAACAGAAACCUCCAGUUUCCAGAGGUGUAUGAUUAUUUCUUUCUUGAUGAUUCCCCUGUCCAUUCAGACGAAGAUGAGGAAUUUGACUACACAUCCAUACAAGUCAUCACACGGCAUGAUCACAUGGCAGCCCAGAGCCACAAUGCAGUGGCAGAACCAGAUGAAUAUGAGGACAUUCCUCCACAGGAAAAUUCUAGCUGGAACUUCUUGAGAAAUAAUCCUCUUUCCCUUAGAAGGAUACGUCGUACAGGCUUCACAGCCCCGCCGGAAGAUUCCAGCUCUUGGGCUCUGACUCCUGUGAAACACAAUGGCAGGUCACAUCAGAGAGGAAUUCAGCCCAUAAAUGCUAUAGGCCCUGAUGAGAGGCCAUUCCAGGACCCACUCCUCCUCAGCCUGGAGAACCGCAUCUUCAGGCAGCUGGCAAACCAACAGAAGAUACAACAGGAGAUACAGACAGCUGUUGCUGAUCCAAGACUAGAUGCUCCACUGAUGCCUCUGAAGCAGGCAGACAUGUGUUUGGUUUGCAUUGCAUUUGCCUCAUGGGUCCUGAAGUCUGCUAACCCCCAAGGAGCGGAUAUGUGGAAAGCUGCUCUGCUGGCGAAUAUAAGUGCACUGUCUGCCAUCCGAUACCUAAGGAGAUACAUGAGGGAUGAAGCAACUAAGAAAACUCCACUGCGUCAGAUCGAGCCUGCGUAAACCCCACUGCAGCUGAGCAACCCGAGUGCCCCCAGAAGCCCUUUCACACAGUGAACUAUACGCUAUAGUAUUUAUAUAUUCAUAUGAUGUGGAUACUAUUGCUGUGGCAGCACUUUAUUGAUGUUUUUCAGCUGUUAUCAUCUGUACAUUUGCUCAUUGGCUGUUUCUACAUGUAUCUAUCAAUCUAUCAAAAGUAUAUAUAUCAUCGCUGUUCAAUGAAAAACAAGUACCUCCAUUUUUGCCGAUUUUUGGAUUACUCCAUAACUUGAACACACAAACUUUUUCUUACAAUGUGUCAAAUAUUCUUGAUGAAUGGACCAAUGAAAAUUCUUUAAAAUGACCUGAAAUAAACUCUUUUUACAUUGACUUCUAUUGAAAGUUAAGAAGGCUCCUGUAAAGUUGCUGUUUUAGAGAUGCAUGUUUUUCAUUGGACAGCAGCGAUAUACUGUAUAUAUACUCAUUAUCAAAACAAAAUAAUCUACUGACAUGCUGGUGGAAGGUAAUGGUGGUAAUCAUUCUACACUGGUCAUGGGGUGUACUGGUCAUACUUUUGUCUUGGUGGAAACGAGCAGCUAUUAAUCUAUGUAUAGAGGCAUUAUGGUGGGUGCCAAGACCUACAGUUUGUGAUCAGACAUCACACAUGGAGUGAAAUAGAGUUUUAUACAAUGUCAGAUCUCUUUUGGUGUCCAUUACAGACACUUUGACAGCCAAGAUGAAUGUUAAAAAGGUCCUGCAACCAGUGGCUCUACCUAUUUGAUGCUAUUUCUCUGAUGAUGAGUGUAUAUACAGGUGGUUGCUUCUUUGUAUAUUUUCUGAUAAGGGGCAUUAACUUGUGUGAUCUUUAAGAAGUACGUCAGGACUAUGCAGUAUAGUAGUAAAAUGACCAAAGUUCUUCCUCUUAUGAAGGGUGUUAUAUAUUUGAAUGAGAAAAAUGAAGCCAUAAUGAAGCAGUAUGUGUUUUUUAAGGAGGUCUUCAGGAAAGUGCACGGACUGGGGCACAGAGUGCCUUAAGGGAAUUGUAAAGUAGUGAUGAAACUCUAUAAGUGAGACUCUAUAAGGGUUAAUGAAGAAAAGAUUAAUGAAAGGAAAUGUGGGUCCAAGCACAAAAAGAAAAAUGGUGCAUAAACUGGUGCAUCGCUAAACUUAAAUGAUACAGAAAUCCCUACAAUAAAAAAAAAACACAGCAACUGUUUUACGGGUUGGAGUAAAUAUAUUGGUUUUGUUAGUGGUGAGAGAGGCAUGGUUAUUCUCUCUCUUUCUGUAGCUUUUGUUUUAUUUUGAGAAAGAGAGCGAGCGAGAGAGAGAUGCAGUCUUAUUUCAAUGAAAUAAAGGAGUAUUUGAAUUUG